AUGAAGUUCUUACUAGAGUCUCUUUUGACUGCCUUUGUGCUAGUCGUCCUUAUUAGUGGUCACGUUGUCAAUGACACCGUUGCUGGCCACGUUAUCGUCGAAGAGCCAGCCAAAUAUCUCCUCCAACUGAGCCCUGAUACGCAACAAUGGGUUACAGAAGAAGAAAAAUGGGAGUUUAUACGUGAUGGGAAAACAUUCAUGGAUAUUACUGACUCACAAAAUCUGGACUCUGCAAUGGUCCUGGCCCAACAGCCAUUUCCCAUCAGAUACCCUGAACAUUGUGUGAGGCAGGAGCAGGUUCAGAGGCUGGUUGGCAAUCUCUCCAAGAUUUACAUGAGGAACAACCUCGUGAAGUUGACAUCGUUCCACACUCGCCAUUACGACUCUGAUCACGGCCGACAGUCGUCUAGAUGGGUUCUUGAAAAGCUCAAUGACAUGAUCAAGGAGGCUGGCGCGAAUGGCACUGUGACUGCCGAAGCCUUUGUUCAUCCGUGGCCGCAGAGCUCGACCAUUGUCAAGAUUCCUGGCUUGACAAACAAUACCGUCAUCAUCAGCGCCCACCAAGACUCUAUGAACAAGUAUCUUCAUAAGGCUUCGGAAAUAGCCGCUCCUGGUGCUGAUAGUGGCGGUAGCGGUACGGUUACCAUCAUGGAGGUCUUCCGACUAUUGCUUAAAGACAAAGACGUCGUCAACGGCCUCACACAAAACACGGUGGAAUUCCAUUGGUAUAGCGCAGAGUUGGCUGGUCUUUUGGGCAGCCGGGCAAUCAUCCGCUCGUACGUGAAAAAUGGUCGCGAAGUCAAAGCCCUGAUACACCAAGACAAGGUGGGCUCCAUUCAAGGAACGUUGGAAGCUAAGAAGAAUGAGUCAAUUGGUGUCAUAACCGAUUUCACCGAUCUUGGCCUCACAAACUUCAUCAAGAAAGUCAUUGAUACGUACUGUGAUAUACCUUGGGUCGAGACGAGAUGCGGCUUUGCAUGCUCUGUCCAUCAAGUGGCAAAGUAUUGGCAUUAUCCUGCAGCACUUGUCACCGAAUCAGCUGUUGAACAUAGAAAUAUUCACUCUGGAGCUCGGGAUACCAUCGCCCAUCUAUCCUUUGAUCACAUGCUUCAGCACGCAAAAAUGACUUUGGGGUUGGUGUAUGAGCUCGCAUACACCAAAUUUUCUGAUGCGCCCUCAGAACGUCCGCCUAAAUAG